AUGGCUGUUGCUGCACUGCCGGCGGCUGCUGUCCUCCCAGCGGCUGUGGCAUUCCCAAUUGCUGUAGGACCCCCAAUGACCUCAGCGGCUGCUGAAGUGGCAUCCUCAGUUGCUGCAGGCCUCCCAGUGGCUGCUGCACAUUCGGGUGCUGUUGCCACCCCCACUGCUGCUGACCUACGAGCAAUUGUGGUAUCCCCGGUUGUUGUAGGUUCCCCUGCGGCCCCAGUGGUGGUUGAUGCAGGAUCCCCAGUGGUUGCAGGCCCCUCAGCAGUUGCUGCACAUUCAGAGAUGGUGGUCAGCCCCACUGCUGCUGCACAUUCGGGGGCUGCGACCACUGCCAAAGCUGUUGCUGCACCACCAGCGGCUGUUGGCCUCCCAGCUUUGGGGGUUGUGGCAUCCCCCAUUGCUGUAGAGGCCUCGGGCUGGGUGGCUGGUUCAAGCUGGGUUGGGGAGAUUUUAACACAGCUGGAAAUUGCCUCUGGAAAAUAUGAUGACAAUGAACAGAAGCGAAGGCAGCAAAUACUGCAAGAAUUAACACUAGUUCCUCGUCUUGAAUUUGGAGAUCCAGAAAAAUUUGAGAGGAUGGAAAAAAUGCCUUCCAGAAGAAUUAUAAGAACACACCUCAGCCCUCAAAACUUGCCCAAGUCUAUUUUUGAAAAAAAGGCAAAAAUGCUGGUUUUGUUUCGGAACCCAAAGGACACAGCUGUAUCUUUCUUCCAUUUUGCCAAAGGCAUAAACAUGAGUCCUGACCAGGAAACCUGGGAUGAGUUCUUUGAAAAUUUUGUCACUGGAAAAGUGAUCUUUGGAUCUUAUUUUGAUCAUAUUACUGAAUGGAACAACUAUCUGGAGGACAGCAAUGUAUUUUUUAUUACCUAUGAGGAAAUAAAAGAGAAUCCAGUCUCAGCACUGAAAAAAAUAGCCAAAUUCUUUAAUUUUUCUGUAACUGAAGAGGAGAUUGAGAACAUUGUAAAGAAAACAAGUUUUGAAAACAUGAAAAAUAAUGCAGCAACCUGUGGAAAACUAGGGAAAGCACUUUUCCGCAAAGGCAUAGUAGGUGAUUGGACAUCUGUCUUCUCAGAAAGCCAGAGUGAAAGAAUGGACAGAAAAUUUGAGGAGAGUGUAGCAAAAACUAAGCUUGGGAUGAUGUUGAAAUAUGAGCUGUACUGCAAAAACUAA